UAUUAAACAUUCUUCUUUCCCACAGGGUUGGACAGACUGUCAAUUAAAAUGGAACAGUUCACACUACGGAUUUAUUGACACCCUUCGUGUCCCUUAUUCAGCCAUUUGGGUGCCCGACUUAGCUCUUUAUGAUAGUUCUGCUGAAGAGGUCAUGUUACCGGGAUUAACUGAAUACCGGGCAAAACUAAGCAGCAGUGGUACUGUCUACUAUGGCUUUCCAACGGUGUUACACAGCGUCUGUCGGGUGAGGGUCACAUAUUUCCCGUUCGACACACAAGAAUGUGGUUUGAAGUUCGGGUCAUGGUCACAUACACAAUUAGAUAUUGACUUCUACCCAACUUCUCCGACAGGAGAUUUGAGUUCGUUCAUAACGAAUAACGAGUGGAUAGUAACAGAAAUUACAGCACAGCGGAACGUAAUUAUGUACCUAGAACCAUAUGCUGACGUCAAUUUCAUCGUUAUUAUGGCCAGACGUCCGGAUCACUACGUAAUGACGAUGUUAUUUCCAUGUAUUUUGAUAGGAGCAACUGCAGCGAUUGGUUUUCUGCUGCCAGCUGAGAGCGGGGAGAAAAUUUCAUUAGAAGUUACUGUGUUGCUGUCUCAGUCAGUGUUUCUACUGGUCAUAUCUGACUUCCUACCACCGUCUGCUGAUGACUUCCCAAUUCUUGGUUUAUAUUUCGCUGUGUCAAUGUUGCUGGUUGGUUUGUCAUUAGUGAUGUCAGUGUUUGUGUUGAACGUGCAUCAUAGAGGUGACGUCAAAGGUAAAACAGUUCCGUCAUGGACGCGAAGAUAUCUUCUGCAGAAUCCUAGAAAUCAGUGUUUUUCAAAUAAGUACGAUGUUGACAGUGUGGACACUAUGGAUAAAGAAAAUAAAGGUUAUGUCCAGAACGAGUCAAGGAGAUUCACUAAUAGUGUAUUUCUAGGUGGUAGAAAUUACAAACUGCCAAAAUCUGAACCCAACGCAGCCUAUAAACGUAAUUGCAACUGCGCAAGGCCAGAAGAGACUAACACCAAUAUAAAUGUACAGAAUGAAAGGACACAAUCGAAAAACACAAUCGCCCAAUUGGAUAUGAAUGGUCCUACUGAAAAAUUACAUAGAAAUGACUCGGUAUUCUCCACUGGAAAUCAGCAACUACUGGAAGUAUCGCUUCCAAAAGAACACAGACGGAUGCUAAGAAAUAUUGAGAGACAUUUUGCUUUAAAUGACGAGGAGGAGAAUGUCCGUGAAGACUGGCAGAAAUUAGCGCGAAUUCUCGAUAGGGUUUGUCUGCUGCUGUAUAUAUUAUGCUUUAGUAUAGUAACACUAAUCUAUGUGUUAAAACUUAUCUCUGGAAGGGAGGGUCCUUCCAGAACAUAACACAACUCAUAUGGACCACAACUUAAAUAUGCAGGAGUACUGAAAAUGUGCAGGAGACUUAUCCUCAGAGUGUCUUCGUCAGUUAUAUUCUGAAUUGUGAUCACCUGUUUCGUUCACAUAAUAUAUAAGUUACAAGAACAUUGAUUCAGGUCGAGUAAAAAUCCUGUCAUAUUGUAAGUUAGUGUUUUCCGAAAUUCAUAAUUAACUGAAUGCACGAAUUCUUCCAUUCAACUCAAACGCAGACAGCAAUCUAUUCAUAUUAGAAAUGUUAAUAAAACACAUGUAAAUCAUAUAUUUGAAGAGGAAAUGUGCAGUUUCUAUUUAUUUUAAAGAGUUUUAAUUAAGGAUGGUCUACUUUGUACAUAAUAUAA